AUGGCAAGCCCUACGUCCGGCUACUCCAUAAACGUCAAUGAUCCCAGCUUGAUUUCGCUGGUCAACAAGCUUCAAGAUGUCUUUUCUACAGUCGGAGUGCAAAACCCCAUCGAUUUGCCCCAAAUUGCCGUCGUCGGAUCGCAGUCCAGUGGAAAGAGUUCCGUGCUUGAAAACAUUGUUGGUCGGGAUUUCUUGCCUCGUGGCUCAGGAAUCACCAAGUUGCAAACGACGGAUUCCGAGUCCAACGUGGACGAAUAUGGUGAAUUCCUUCACCUUCCCGGCGAGAAGUUCCACGACUUCAACAAGAUCCGCGAUGAGAUUGUGCGCGAAACGGAGACAAAGGUCGGAAAGAACGCUGGAAUCUCGCCAUCCCCCAUCAACCUGCGCAUCUACUCCCCAAACGUCCUCACCCUGACCCUCGUCGAUCUGCCCGGUUUGACCAAGGUGCCUGUGGGCGACCAACCGAAGGAUAUCGAGCGCCAGAUCCGUGACAUGGUCCUCAAGUACAUCAGCAAGCCCAAUGCGAUCAUUCUGGCGGUCACUUCGGCCAAUCAGGAUCUUGCCAAUUCCGAUGGUCUCAAGUUGGCACGUGAGGUUGACCCCGAAGGUCAGCGCACUAUCGGUGUGUUGAGUAAGGUCGAUUUGAUGGACGAUGGAACCGAUGUGGUGGAUAUCCUCGCUGGACGAAUUAUCCCUCUGCGCCUGGGCUACGUCCCCGUGGUCAACCGUGGCCAGCGUGACAUCGAGAACAAGAAGCCUAUUGCUGCUGCCCUGGAGAACGAGAAGAACUUCUUUGAGAACCACAAAGCAUACAGGAACAAGGCUUCCUACUGCGGUACACCGUACCUGGCCCGCAAGUUGAACUUGAUUCUUAUGAUGCACAUCAAGCAAACCCUCCCCGAUAUCAAGGCUCGCAUCAACGCAUCUCUUCAAAAAUACUCAUCGGAACUGUCCCAGCUGGGUGACUCAAUGCUUGGCAACAGCGCCAACAUUAUCCUCAACAUCAUCACUGAAUUCAGCAACGAGUACCGCACAGUCUUGGAGGGUAACAACCAGGAGCUCUCUAGCAUUGAACUUUCUGGCGGUGCCCGUAUCUCCUUUGUUUUCCACGAAUUGUACUCGAACGGUAUCAAGGCCGUUGAUCCCUUCGACAUCGUCAAGGACAUUGACAUUCGCACCAUUCUUUACAACUCCUCCGGUUCCUCGCCCGCUCUUUUCGUCGGCACAACUGCCUUUGAGCUGAUCGUCAAGCAACAAAUCAAGCGCUUGGAAGAGCCCAGCUUGAAGUGUAUCUCUCUUGUCUAUGAUGAGUUGGUCCGCAUCCUGAGCCAACUCUUGACCAAGCAGUUGUUCCGCCGUUACCCCAUGCUGAAGGAGAAGUUCCACGCAGUGGUUAUUGCCUUCUUCAAGAAGUGUAUGGAGCCCACUAACAAGCUGGUCAAGGAUUUGAUCUACAUGGAAGCCACCUACGUGAACACCGGCCACCCCGACUUCCUCAACGGCCACCGCGCCAUGACCCUUGUCAAUGAGCGCCAGCAGGCCUCCAAGCCCACGCAGGUCGACCCCAAGACCGGCAAGCCCCUUCCCGGGCGUGCUCAGAGCCCCUCUCUCGACACAACCGGAGAGGCCACCAACAACAGCGGCUUCUUCGGCAGCUUCUGGGCUUCCAAGAACAAGAAGAAGAUGGCUCUCAUGGAAGCUCCUCCCCCAACUCUCAAGGCCUCUGCCAGCUUGUCUGAGCGCGAGGCCACUGAGGUCGAAGUUAUCAAGCUUCUCAUCACCUCCUACUUCAACAUCGUCAAGCGCACAAUGAUCGACAUGGUCCCCAAGGCCGUCAUGUACACCCUUGUCCAGUUCACCAAGGACGAGAUGCAACGUGAACUCCUCGAGAACAUGUACCGCAACAACGAGCUCGACGAUCUCCUCAAGGAAAGCGACUACACUACGCGCCGGCGCAAGGAGUGCCAGCAGAUGGUGGAGAGUCUCGGCCGCGCCAGCGAAAUCGUCAGCCAAGUCCAGUGA